UAAAUGUUGCGUUUUAAGUUUUUUUAUUAUUAUACCUUAAGCCGGUUGUAUUCAUUUAUUGAUUUCUGUAAAAGUACAGAAUAAGAACGUUGUGUUUUAAGUGCCCAAAGUGAAAAAACAUGUUCGAUUAAAAGUGAAGAAAAAUGUGAAAAUCUGUGAAGUUUCGUAUACUAAAUGCAAAAGAAAAAAUAAAUAAAUUAAAUAAUGCAAAACUUGGAAUCAAACAAGGAAAAUACAAAUCCAGAUCACUUCCUCAACACUUCUGCAACAAACACUACAAGCACUUUUUACCCAAAUAACUCUUCAACGGAUAACAACAAUUUGGAAAACGGUGAUGAAUUAAAUACUGAAGACCAGGAUACAGCUACCACCGGUGCCACUAGACCGAAAUUUUCCUUUGCUUCUGAUUAUACACCAUCCCGUCACUUUACAGGUUUAUCGGCAUCCUACGAUUAUACUUCGAAUCUACCAGUAUCAUCAUUUGCUGUUCUAAAUAACGAUUACGCUUCAUCUUCAUCGUUCUCUCACAAACCCAACGCCAUAGUGCACCCUAUUCGACGUCCGGAGCAGACGGCAUUGCCGAAAUCUUACAAUGGCCUUGAGCAAGAGCUUAGGGUUAACGGCUAUAAUCCCUCAUUGUCGGUAACAUAUCCCCAAUUGGGUGCCUCAAAUGCGCGCCACUUUGCCGAAGAACUUAAUCGCAAAUUAAGUCAUUUAAGCUCUAGCCAAGGAAGCCGAGAUUUCAAAAAUUCUUCUCAACAUGGCAGCAAUCAGGAUACACUCAAUCAACGACCACUUUUCAUUACCACUGUACCCAGAGGCAUAUUCUUGCCACCGCCAAAAGAUAUUGUACUUCUUUCGCCGUCACGUAAACGACAAUUGUACGCGUAUUCUUCACAUCCUGUCGUUUACAAUACCACUUCGUCGUUGCCGACGUCUUACUACAACAACACGCACAAUGUCCAUAAAAUUAAAGUUACAAGUGAACAAAACUACAACAAUAGAAACAACACUUUCACAAUGGCCAAGGACAAAUAUCGUAGCAACAACAACAACAAUAAUAAUAGUACUAGUGGUGGGGGUAUUACAAAAGUGGCAACUGAUGGAGGGGCCAAUGCGAUCGCCUCAAAUGAUAAAGUUUUAAUAGCGACAACAACCACCAACACUACUUCUGCAGCCCCAAAAUCGUCUUUACCUUUAAAUGGUGUUAGGGGGUCAUAUGCUAACUCCACUCCAGUUCCGGGCGGUUUGCAUAUAAGCAAACAGCAAUUUCAUCAACAACUUAAACAAAAUCGUUCCAAAAGAGAAACUCCACCUCCUGAACCCUAUAAAAAUGUAAUGCACGAGAGGCGAAUUGUUAGAGGCAGUAACUUUGCCGGAAAUCAAUUACUGGGAGAAUAUGAUCCCUUUGACAAGGCAGCCGAAUAUCGUAGACGCCAGGUUUUACGCAAAAAGAAUGUCACACACCGCAACCAGCGCAAUGUUUUGGGUACACCACCACCAGUAGAGGGACGGCGACAUGAAGAUGUACAAACCGAUAAAUAUUUGGAAGAAUUGGUUGCCAGACCUCCAGAAACUUCCGCAGAAACACAAACUGAUCUAUUUUUAGAGAAACCACCAACACCUCCUUAUAUACCAGCUAAAAUAGGCGUCGAUGUAGCAACGGAAAUUGCCGAUGGAGAACUAUUCCAAUUCGAUGCCGAAGCCCAGCCCAUUAUUGAUGUCAUGGUUGAUAGUAUUAUGGAAUUAAGUAUUUUAGAGGUGGCUCAUGAGCAGGAAAUUUCCAAUAUACGCAAAAAACAACAGGAACUUUUAGCAGAAAGAGAAGCUGAAUUGGCAGAACUAAGACGUCUCGAAGAGGAGGAGAUACGUUUACAAGCCGAGAAACAGAGACGCUUGCGUCAGGAUAACAUUGCCAAAUCUUUGGACGAUGAAAUGCAACGUGGAGUUACAGCCGCCAAAUUACUACAAGGUCACAUUGCCAGCAUUUUACCAGAAGUUUUGGACAGUCUAGAACCGGCUACAGAUACCGCCAAGAAAGAACAACUAAUGAAGACUAUUUGUCCUUGGCUAUCGGCCGAAGUGGCCGAAGAAGUCGGUCAAAUUGUAGAUUCUCGAGAAAUACUAACAGUAAUCAUACAAGAAAUCAUUAAGCAACGUGCCGAAACCUAUGCAGGUUAUAAAGAAGAAACUGCUUCCGUUUUGGAGCAAAUAGAUGAGGAAGAACAUGCUGCAGAGGAAAUGAGCGAAACAGAAAACGAAACACCUCAGCCUCGUUGUCCACCAGAUGUAUCAUAGAAUAAAAUCUAAACUAAAUAUCUAUUUUAUUUUUUAUUAUUCUCAUUUAGCAAAUUAAAAAUGGCUUCAUAAAACUAUUGAUUAAUGUUAUUAAGUUUUUAGUUUCCCCAAAAUCAUUAAAAAAACUCAAGAAAAGUUUUCACAAAAUUUUAA